AUGGCUUGGAUCGCGUUGCUGGCAUUAGUCGGGAGUAGCGCCAAUAUCUCGGCGCGCGCAUUGGCUUCGUCCUCGGUCCCAGCGAUCGGUCCGGCGCCGGGGAUCAUGGGGCGGCACUCGGUGACGCUCUGGCGCCUCACGGGAGCUCACAGCGGGCUGUGCGCGAAACCACUUCGCAAGGCCACCCGCGACCCCACUUUGGACGGCGAGCGCACUUGCUCGGUUCCCAGCCUGAAAAAACUCCUUAGCAAGCAGUACCACGGCAAGACGUGCGGCACUGCCAAGCCGGGGCCCGGUGGCCGCUGUCCGAACGAGGAGUGCGCGAUGAGCAAGCCACCAGAGGAGCGCACCGAAGGGCCGUCGAAGAGCGCCGUCAAGACCGAGAACAGAUGGCGACCCAUCUGCCGCCGCGCCAAAGAGGGCCACAGCCAGUCGGCGCGCUGCCACAAGAGAGGCACGAUGCCGCCGCUGCGCGCGUGGGCGUUUGUCGGCUCGUGCCUUCGCGGCACCGGCGUGGCCAUGUUCGACUACGCCGACUACGGCGAGACGCUCCUCAAGCUGCCGGCGCCUCACUUCUUCUGCAUUUCCGGUCCAGGAGGGGGAGACGAGGACAAGUUCCGCGAGCGGUUCGGCAAGCACAAGGUGACGAUGCUCCCAGGUUGGCCGAGCACGCAGAGACUCGAUGAGCUGCUGCGCCCGCACAACGUCUCGCACGUUUACCUCCACAAGGCUGGCGGCAACGACGGCAUCGUUGCCCGGACGGCCGUCAACCUGGUCCACGCGGUAUUCACCGGCAAGCAUCCUCACGGCGAUCGCUACGCGCGGAUUUCGUCCUUCGUGUCGAACGGCGGCCACGUGCCCGUGGUGCCGUACCUCGUGCGGCCGCUGCCGUCCGGCAAGACGCACCGGCGUAAGGCGCUCCGCAUCGCGCCGACCACGACCGUCCUCUGCCGGUACGGCGGCUACGAGACGUUCGACAUCAAAUUCGCUCAGCUGGCGGUGGUAGAGGCGGUCAAACGGCGGGCCGACCUCGAGUUCCUUUUUGUCAACACGGCACCGUUCGCGCAGCACGAGCGAAUCCGCUUCCUGCCCAAAACUUCGACAGACGCGGCCAAGGCCGACUUCAUCCGCACCUGCGACGCGAUGCUUCACGCCCGCUCCGGCGGCGAGACGUUUGGCCUGGCGAUUGCCGAGUUUGCGAUGCUCGGCAAGCGCGUGAUAACGGCACGAGUGGCGCCGAGUGCGGUGCACAUACAGGAGCUGGGCGAGCGGGCUAUGCUCUUCCACAGCUACGACUCGCUGCUCGAGCUGCUGCUCGCCUUCGAUCGCAACGCGCACCUCGACCCCGAAUGGAACGGCUACGCCAAAUACCGGCCCGCGCACGUUAUGCGCAUCUUUUACGACGUCUUCCUCUCAUGAAGCACGAUGACUCAUUGCACGACGUACCCUUCCUCUCAUGAAGCACGAUGACUCAUUGCUGCCUGUGUUCGCCGAUGCCACAUCUUGGCGCCGUAUAUAGCGAGUAGCCCACCCCGACGUAUUUCUUUUUGUCGAAGAGCCCCUGGCGAGUUGUAG